CUUCCGUGUCAGUGCCAUAUAAGUACCACCGUUUCUCGGGAAGAUUUAUUGAACGGCUCGUGUUGGACAUAGCCCACCUUCGGCCGGACUCACCAGCAACUUGAACUGCUCUCAUACUAUUUUCAAAGACCCCCCUCCUCGGGACAGACGGACUUGAUCUAACACGCGGUGCCUAACUUAACACACCGGCAGUAUAAGAAUGUCUCUUCCACUCCCUUUCUUCAAAACCAAAUUUGAGGACAAGCAUAUUGUCGAUCAAAAAUUUUACAUGGCGAAACAUAAUGAGGAGAACAGGGACAUACUGCUGUUUGCGAACGAAGUUCAUGAGAGGCCCAAUAAUAAUAAUGGACCCGCAAAGACGACGGCGGUGCCAUCGCUGGUAUCUACUCCUCCGCCACGCGGGUCGAGUGUAGCCGGCAUGGAGAAAGGGGGGAAGAAUAAGAAGGGGGGUAAAGAGAAGGUGCUAUCGAAGGAGGAAGAACAGCGCCUCCUCUUCGAAUCCGCCACCUACCGCCUCAGUGGGAACCGCCUCUUUAACACAUCAUACUACCUCGCGGCGCUGGACGCAUACCUACUCGCGCUCUCCCGCUGCCCACAGACGCUAAAACUCGAGCGGGCAACCAUAUACCAUAACAUUGCCGCUACGCAGAUAAAAUUGAGGAGCUACGAUGAAGCCGUUAAAGCGGCCAGUAGAGCUUUAAACCUCCGUCCUGGGUGGGGGAAAGCGCUCUAUAGGCGGGCAAAGGCAAGGGAGGGUAUGGGAGGGUGGGCUGGGCUGGUGGGGGCUUACGAUGACUAUGUGCAGGUUUUGGAGGGCGCGGUGGACGGGGCUGUGGAAGGGGUGGGGAAGGGUGAGUUGGAGGCGGUCAAGGAGAAGAUUAGGUGGCUGCCAGACAGGAUUAAGACUGUUAGGGAGAAGGAGGUUGAGGGGGUUGUGGGAGUGAUGGAGGGGCUGAAGACUUGA